UCGUACUCGUACGUUUACGUACAUACUGCGUAAGGAGCCAGAGUGUGUGAUUGACGGGUUACCGUACAGUAUACAGUGUACAACUGUACAACUAUAGGUAGACUAGCGUGCUGGUGUACCUACUAAUGUACUACCUAGUGUACUAGUACUCGUACUCGUAUUCGCAUCGCGUUCAUUGAGCGUCAAAGCAGUAGUUGCGCGUAUUCGUUGCUAGACAGAUCGAGUUUUAUCGUUUCGAAAAAUUCUACUGUAAUCUCGACGAAUAUUUUAUUAGCCGUAGCUGUGUGUUUUUUUUUACGAUUUUCCUAUGUGUUGUUUUCGUAAUCGAGUCUCGUUGUUAUUUCGCGAUCGCGAUCGUGAUCGUAAUUUCGAUCUCGUAUCCAUCGAGUGCGACUACCAGUGAAAAAAAAAAAGGUUUGCCUGAUCGGUGCGAUGUGGUACGGUACCACGGUACGGUACGGUAUGGUGUGGUGUAGUGCGGCGAGUACCGAAUCAAUUGUCGUUUAGCGUCGCGUCGCUUCAUCAUUUCGUUUAUUAGACCGAGUUUACCUAUUUUUGGAAUUUGGAUUAGUGAUUAGUGGGCUUCUGUCGUUUGAAUUUUCAAUACCCUGGAAAGAUAAAAAAAAAAUUGGUGAGUGUUUACCAUGUAUUGCAGACGUGUAUGUAUUUAUAUUCUGGACAGAAACUUGAAAUUUCAACUCGACUGGUCUUCAUUCAUGUUGAAAAUGCUAACUGCUGCAAAUAAAUAACGUUCAGAAACACUUGAAAAUCAACGUAUCCGCCAAAAUGAUGUACGAUUUGCAACAAAAUGACGAAUGCAUUGUUAACACGAGCAUUAGCAGCGAUUGUAGGACCAGUGUUGGCAUCAACCACAGCAAUACUCGUAGUUUAUACCAUACGACCAGAUUAAGCGACUACAUCAGCUAUUGCAGCAGUAAUACUUGCAGUAACGAUAGCAGCGUCAUCAGCAGUCAUCGUAGCAGUAGCAGCAGCAGCAUCAGUAGUAAUUGCAGCAUCGCCACCGCUCAACAUAGCCUCUAUGCGUUUUGAGAAGUGGCCGAAAUACGUGUGGUUGCGUCGCGUCGUUUGACCAAUGAUCGCGUUAUCGAGGACGAAAAAUUAUCGCAAAAUGAAAGAGAAAAAUAAAUUGAUAAAUCGAUAAGACGAUAAUACGCGAAUACGUAUUAUACGCGGCUAUUCGUAGAUUACCGUGCGGUACAUUAGCGUUAGGUAUAUACGUGCUCGAAUUUUACGGUAACCUAUACGAGUAAGUGAAAACUGCCAGCGUCGUAGCUCUAGCUGCCUGAUAGUUUGCCAACUUCUACAUAUACCUAUAUUUUUUUGAUUUUUAUAUCGUUCGUUUGUACAUAUGUGUGACUGUGCCUGUGCCUGUGCCUAUAGUACUUCGAUAUAGGUCUUAGGUACUCGUACGCGUAUGUACAAGCAGCAUUCUACGAAAUCUCUCGACGUAACGCGUUUUCGCUCGAGAACUACGUAGGUAAAAUAGAUACAUACUUAGAUAGGCUAAGGCAUAGAGCUUGGUACUUGCCCCGAGCCUAGCUAUAUACCCUAUGUACCUGUACCUGUGCCUGCGCCUGUGCCUGGUGCCACAGUGUAUGGCCGCGGCAGUGGCGUAAAAUGACUGCCAAUCUCACAUCGAAUUUCAACGAACUGAGCAAGAAAUUCAACUACUACGCCACCUCGACGAGUAUGAACGAAACGUUGACGACGGCUUCAGCGUCGGCGGCGUCCGCGUCCGCGUCCGCUUCGACGUUGUACAACGACCCGACGAGCAAAUCCAUCACCGGUUUCUAUACCGGAACGCAGGACCAGCUCGAGGCGGACGACGUCAUCAAUUGCAUAUUAUUUCUAUUAAAAGGCGUCAUAAUGAUAUUUAUUAUAGUGGCCGCUCUACUCGGAAAUUUAUUAGUUAUCGUUAGCGUUAUGAGGCAUCCGAAAUUACGCGUAAUUACCAAUUAUUUCGUGGUGUCGUUGGCGUUGGCCGAUAUGCUAGUCGCGAUUUGCGCCAUGAGUUUCAACGCGAGCGUCGAAUUCACCGGCCAGUGGUUUUUCGGCAUUUUUAUGUGCGACGUUUGGAAUUCGUUGGACGUUUAUUUUUCUACAGUAUCCAUUUUUCAUUUAUGUUGUAUUAGUGUCGAUAGGUAUUACGCGAUCGUGCAGCCGCUAGACUACCCAUUAAUCAUGACAAAAAGCCGUCUGGUGAUAAUGCUGUUAGUAGUGUGGUGUUCGCCGGGCACGGUUUCAUUUCUUCCUAUAUUUAUGGGUUGGUACUCGACUGAGAAACAUUUACAAUACCAAAAAGCUAAUCCGGAGGUAUGCGUCUUCCAAGUGAAUCGUAUCUACGCUGCGAUCUCGUCUAGCGUUUCAUUCUGGGUACCGGGAAUUAUAAUGAUAUUCAUGUACUACAGAAUUUACAUAGAAGCAGAUCGCCAAGAACGUAUGCUGUACAGGUAUAAAUCAUGGGCGUCCCAAGAGAACCUUGGAUCCAGCAUAUCACCCAGAAGCAAAGUGGCGACGGCGUUGUUGAAUCGGCAUUUACAAAUUAACGGAAUCAGCGCGGCCAGUUUAGGAGCCCUUCAGCCGCCGGAAAUCGGCAGCAAAAGCAUCGUUGAACACGAUCCCGAUUCGAAUGCGUUGCGACCCACGCCCAAUAUGAGUAAAAUGAAACGCGAACGAAAGGCAGCUCGUACCUUGGGAAUCAUUAUGAGCGCUUUUCUAGCUUGCUGGUUACCGUUUUUCGUUUGGUACGUAACGUCGUCGGUCUGUGGUUCGGCAUGCGAUUGGCCGAGAUCGUUGAUGGUGAUUGUAUUCUGGAUCGGAUACUUCAAUUCCGCUUUAAAUCCGAUUAUUUACGCUUACUUCAAUCGGGAAUUUAGAGCGGCUUUCAAAAAAACAUUGCAAUAUUGCUGUUCGAACAUAAUGCGCUGGAUUCCAAUUAGACGGCGGCGCGGUAAUACUCAAAGCGUGGUGUUUCGUAACAAUCGAAACCAAGAGCAAGCCUAUGUACAUAGUAAUCAAUCUUCGUUAAUCGAAUCGCAGCAUUAUUCCAUUAAUAAAACCAACGAUAUUUGCUGCAAAUCCAAAGAAGAUAUCGAACUGCAUACCGAAGUUGAAGAUGCAAUUUAACCUAGGCUAUAAGCCGUAAGCCCUAAUUUACCCAUUUUUGUACAAAACGUAAUAAAUACUUACUUAAUGUAAGAUGAUAGGUAAUACGUUUAUGUCUUACACGUACGAGUAUUUAUGGAAUGAGUAGGGUCAGUAGUUUGCCAAAUAACGAAUUAAGUAGGUAGGUAGGUGGGUAAUUUUUUAUUAUGUCAUCAUUCCUAGAUUUCAGUACCUAGGUACAUAUUGGGAAGAAUCAUUGAAAAAAUUCUUCGAAUCGCGAAUCGUUAUAAAUACUUUUGAUUUUAAAAUUUAUGCAAAUUCUUCGCUUUUUCGAAUUGAUUGCAUGACUCGAUUUCAAAAUGAAAAAUGAAAUAAAUCAUCUACUAACUAAUACCUAAAAUAAAUCACCAGAAAAUAUACCAUACCUAGAAAUGAGAGAACUUUCUAAAAUAUUUACCUACCUAUUUUUGUUUUUCCAAUAGGAUAACAUCAAGACGUAGAGGAGAAGGUACAAUUAUGGACCCCCCCCCUGGUUUAGUGUACAACUACUAGCGCUACGGUCAUGCUGCGUACUAAAAAUUAUACUAGUAGUAGUGUAUGUAGUAUCCAUGAUCCAAGUACUUAUUUUGGAUCCAUGCCAUCGACCUUUUAUUCUCCUCAUCUGGACCGCGAUUUGAAGGGUUCAUUUUGAUGCAAACCUCCCAAAUCGAGUUUGUAAAGAAUGCCUCUGAGCAUUGCGCGAACUCGUCUCUUACCUUACCCCACUUACCAAGCGUACGAUCAUAAUCGCAUGUGGAAGGUGGUUAUCUCCUUCCACACGCGAUCAUGAUGGAUUAGGACCAUACGUGCGGUAAGUGGGGUAAGGUAAAAGACGAGUUCGCGCAAUGCGCAGAGGCAUUCUUUACAAACUCGAUUUGGGAGGUUUGCAUCAGAUAUUUGCUUGAAUUCCGAUUGGAAUCGCUGUCCAGAUAGGGAAUAAAAGGUCGAUGAUCCAUGCAUACUUGGGUGUCUCUCAUCAGCAAUUGUUUUUUUUUGCGCAUUAUUUUCUUCCCAGUGGAAAAUUUUACAAGUUUUUCAUUCGGUAAUUCAUAUCAACUUCAAAUAAAGUAUGGAAAGAAAAUUAUUAGCAAAGUACUUAGCUUACAAUGAGUACUUUCAAAAUAUACUUUCAUAUUUGUCUUUACUUCAACUGAUUUUCAUAAUUUUUUUCAUUUUUCAUAAACUGAGCCGAUUUUUUGCAUGGGUAUAAAUAUGGACCCCUAAAUUUUUUUACCUAAUUUUUGAUUCAAUAAUUUUUAGAAUGUUGAGAAACCCACGUAGCACUGAUGAAAUCGUCAGUGGCCUCGACAAAAGUAUCGACAUGAUUUUACAUGAUUGUUGAUUGAAAAAAGUCCAAACAUUAUCCACAGAGGGGUUAAUCUAACUACAUGUAAGAUGAUUGAUUAAAAAUUGACACUUUUUUCAAAAACUAUGAGUCGUCAUUGCUGUCUACAUUUGUAUCUACAGUCAUGUGUCAUGUGUAAGAUUUCAAGGUAUUGUAGUGAUACCUCUGUAGACCCAUGAUUGAUAUCGAAAUUCAGGUUGUCUUGUCGAUCCGAAGUUGAUGUCGACUAAUAAGAUAGACAAACGCAUCUACAAAAUUUUGAUUUUGUAUAGUUACUUUUGUCGAUCUAAUAAUUGUCAUAAACAUUGGCAUCGGCAAGAUGACCUGAAUUUCUAUAUCAAUUAUAGGGUCUACAAAAGUAUCUACCCACUUGACAAUAGAUUCGCUGAUAAAAAAAGCCAGUGUAAAAGCCGGCUCAAAUAUGACAGUAAAUUUGCCAUUAAAAAAACGCCAGGAAAAAAUUGGCUGCUUUUUAAAUACCUAAUGCAUUAAAUCGCUGAAUAAAAACCUGAAAUCUACAAAAAAUUUCCAGUCCAAGCGGGGAUCGAAUCCAGGACUCCCGCUUGACAAUCCAUUGCUCUAACCACGCAGCUAUCAUUGCAAGAUGAAUAUUUCUGUUUUCAAGCGGUAUACAUGUACCGCACUUUGUACUUUUAUUCAAUUUUUUAAAAGGAAGUUGUGAAAACCCAUUGCGCAUGUGCACUAAAAUCGGUGAAUAAAAAACAGCUGAUUUGUGAGAACCGGCAGUUCGGCAAAUAAAAAAUUCUGCCAUUCGCUGGUCAAAAACGGCUGUUUAAAUGGCUGUUUUUAUAAAAAAAAGUAGCUUUUUCUAACCGGCGUUUUUUCCACGGAAAAUUUACUGUCAUUUUUGCGCGCCUAUUAAAUGGCAAAUUUACAAAAAUCAACCGGCAUUUCGGCUUAACCGGCAAAUCUCUUGUCAAGUGGGUACAAAAUGUUGUCAUCGAGUAGAUACUUCUGUAGAUCUUGUAAUCGACGGCUGAUGUCGAUUACAAGAUCUAGAAAAUAUUUUUAGAAAUUUCGAAGUGUUGCCGACUCAUUUGUCGAUAUCAGAGCUGACAAAAUACAAUAAGAAAAAUUUUCCAAGUCCAAAAUAAGAUGGACUGAAUAUUCUUUUAAGGCCUCUCCACUCAACAGCAGCAAUGGUCUAGUGGUUAGAGAACGUGGCAGAAGUAAAUGGCAACCUAGGUUUGAUCCCUAUCCAGGGCAACUUUUUUUCUUUCAAAAACAUUUUUUAGGGUGAAAAUACUUUUGAGAAUAAUUUUACUUGAAUCAAAAAAAGAGUUUUGGGCACAUUUUACACAUUUUUCGAUCAAAAUUUACUUCUUUUAGACUCAAAAAAAUGACACCUAUGUUCGAGACAUUGUCAAGACAAAAAAUGGAGGGAGACACAGUCGAUUUUGAUAUCAACUUCUCACUCGUCAUUUAUCGACAUUGGUGUCAACAAAUGUCGUGUCGACAAGUGACGGAUUAGAGAUCUCGUCUUUUCCAUCAACUUUGGCAUCGCUUGUGCUACGCAGGAAGUGUUAUUAACAAAGAAGACAAGUCCGAAGUGUCAAAAAUGAGACCAUGAUUUUUUCAUUUUUCAUCAACUUAGCCAAUUUUUUGCAUGGGUAUAAAUAUGGACCCGUAAAUUUUUUUUCAUCUAAUUUUGAUUCAAUGGUUUUUAGAAUACCGAGAAAAGAAGACAAGUCCAAAGCAUCAAAAAACAUCUUUAAAUAAAUUUUUGUACAAUUUUCUGAAAUUUUUAUUCAUUUUUUGAGGGGGUCCAUACAGGGUGGACAGAAAUAUCGGGUACCCCUAAGAAAGUUUUUCAUUAAAAAUAUAGGUUGGCAACGUGAAAUAGAUGCAUAUGAUUGGUGAAAUGUUAUCUAUCCAGUCUAACAACCAAUCAUGUGCUACCAUUAUUAUCAUUCACUGUGACCAACCGAAGUAUUUAGCAGAAAACUUUUUUAGGGGUACCCGAUAUUUCUGUCCACCCAUUUGUACCCGAGUCCAUAUUUGUACCACUUUAUGUCACUUUUCUAAAUUUUAAAUUUCUCCGUGGGUUUUCAACAAAAAAAUUUUUUACACAAUGUACUAGAGUCUUUACUCUUUAACCUUUUGAAUGGUAUAUUCGAAAAAAAAAAUUUGAUAAUUUUUUCUACCCUUUAAAGCCGAAAAGCUAGAGGGGGUCCAUAUUUGUACUUUCUCCUCUAAUACUAACCUAAGUAACAAUACUCAGAAAGUAAGAAUAUCAUCUUUAUUUUGUUUUUACCUUUUACUGCUGAUGAUGAGGUUUCUCUGUAACAUUUUCUCAAGUUGCUUUUGAUCAAUAAGUUUAACAAAAUUGAACGUAUAAUGAUCCAAAUCAAUUAUCGAAAACAAAAUUUAAAAAAACAAAACAGAGAAAUUUUCUCAAAAAUGAUUUGAAAUUGGGAAUCAUUGAUGAAAACAAUGGAUGAAACUACAUGCGUACUGCUAUUGGAAUUCUAUAUACGUAUAAGUCCAGUUCUAUCAUCUAGAAACCACUGACCCUACAUGGUCCUACCUACGUACUACUUAUAUGACACAAAAAACGUGUACCUGUAGGCAGUAUACCUACCUACGAGAUUGUAUGUAUUAAUUACCUAUUACUACCCUUUGUACCAUUGCAUUGUACCUAAACCUGUAAUUAUGUAUGUAUAUGUACGUAUCUAUGUUUCUCGUUUUUGUUUUUGUUUUUGUUUUAGUCUUCUUUUCCUUUCCUUACUCUUCCUUUCUUCUCCUUUCUAUAUAUUUGUUUUCAUAUCUUUUUUCUUUUCUGUUCUUUCAUUUUGGAAAAUCGUGUGUACGUGAACUGAGUAUUAGAGGGUAGAAGCACAAGUUUCAACGUUAUUCUGCGUGAUAAACUACGAUGAUCUCAAUAUUUUAUACGGUAUAUUUUAGGAAAAAUAUAUAAUUGAACGACAAAAAAGCUGGUUUGCACGACAAUCGCCCGGCCCGGAUGAUUAAAGUUGAUACAGGUACCUAUCGUAUUUCUAUCAACAGCAAUAAUUUUAGGAACAAACAGCUAAUUUUUCACACUUAAUGAUAACCUUUUGCCAACAAAAUAGACUACCUAUUUGAAUAUCAAAGAAAAUUGCUUUCAAAGGUACCUUAUUGGACAAAUAGUAAUGAAUGGAGAGGUCGAGUUGAACUCUGCUUCUGAAUCCUGAACAUGGAUUUUUAAAAAAUGGACCUCCGAGCCCAGAUACGAUUACGACAACAUAAAAUCAUAAAUGUAAAUUCUGCAAAUAGACACGAAAAGUAUAGAGGAUAAAUAUUUGAGAAUUAAAGUUAGGUAAAUUUUUCAAUAUGCACAAAGAAAAAAAAAUGAAUUAGGCAUAGUAUCUUCUAAAACUUUUCCUAAAUGUUCAUUUGUAAACAAACUUGUUACUAAUACAAUUUUUUUGUCGCGAAUGCAUCAAUAAGUAUAUAAGCCUCAUCGUUUCUGUCGUGCGAACCUGCUUUUUUGAAGUAACGAUAAAUCGUACUCUAUAUUUUAUUCGUUUUAAAUCGUAUUAAAUCCUAAGUUAGCUAAUAGGAUUACUUUGUAACUUGCAUAUAUGCACCUCGCGUGGCUCGCCACUAGCGUUGCGCCGCGCCGCGUCUCUCCCCGGUCUUUUGUCACCGAUGCCAUCUUUCAUUACCUAGGUAUUACCUAUAUACUUAUGUACUUACAUUUACCUAAUACAGAUUAUGCAUUUUUUUCAACUCGUGAAAUACAUUUACCCAACAGUUAUGUAGGUAUUCGGAUCUGGAAAAAAAAAGAAAAAAAAUGGAACAGAAUCAAAAAGUACCUACCUAUGUUGAAAGUUGAAUGCAACUUCGAAUCUCUAUCAAAUAAUUUCAUCGAGUAUACUUUUACGGAAUUGCCCGGUUCUUUAUGCGAUAAUCACGAACACAUUACCUUUUCUUUCGAAAUCCCCUAAUUUUUUUCAGUUUUCCCGAAACAAAACACCCUGACGACAAAAACUACCCUUCUCACUAUUUGUACGCUUGUUCAGUAUAACGAUACCUGAUACCCGAAUAAAUAUAGGCUAUAAAUACAGAUUGAAAUGAAAUUUGUAAUUCUGGAAAGUUGAAAAUUUCUGUCAAGAACUCUGAGCACUUGUCGUAGGUACCCUUCUCUUCUUUUACGUAUCGCACUUCAUGACGAGAUAGUGGGCAAGAGAUAUUCUCGAAUCUGCGCUUAAAAUUAUUUAUAUCAAAAUAUAAAUUUAAAAAGUUAAAAAAAUUCUCCAUCUAAAACAUAUUAAUCUUCUCGAGAAGUAUUUUCCCCCUUCGUUUCGUUUUCGUUCGUACAUACGUUGUUUUUUUGUUUUUUUCAACUACAAAAUACAAUUUUUUUUAUUUGCUAUCGUCGUUGUUUUGUACUAAUAUGUAUUAUCGAUUAAUUAUUGAUGUGUUAUUGAGAAAAUAUUGUCGCUCAGUUCCUAUUAAAUAGUCGAAUUUACAUUAAAAAUACUACAUACUUAAUUCUUAAUUAUUUUAUAAUCGUAUUGAUUUUAAUGUUACGGUUGUAUUAUUUUCAAUUAUUCUUAUAAUUUCCACUGUCCUGCGUAAAUCGUAAACUGUCCAUUUUAAAGAAAGCGUAAAAUGUAACGGCAAAUUAAAUGAAAGAAAAAAAACUACCUAUCGAUUGUAAAAUUGUUUGUUCAUAUACGAUCAGAAUUAUAUUACACGCGUAUAAACUGAACAA